AUGCGCGCGCUGCGGUCGCGCUGCAUUGCGACCAACGCUGCGGUGCAACAGCCUGGCGUGCAGUCCCCGGGAAACGCUCCACCUGCCCGUGUUCCUCCAGUGCAGACGCCCUCGCGGCAGAGUGCGAAGGCCCGCAUACAGGCGAUCGAGAACGUGAAGCCGUUCUCGGAAUUCUUGACGGACAACUUCCAGCGCCAGCACGACUAUCUGCGGAUCAGCAUUACCGAGCGCUGCAACCUGCGCUGUCUGUACUGCAUGCCCGAAGAGGGUAUUCCGCUAUCGCCGCCCGCGACCAUGCUCACCACACCCGAGAUCUUCUACCUCUCAUCGCUCUUUGUAUCGCAGGGCGUCACCAAAAUCAGACUGACAGGCGGCGAGCCUACCGUGCGCCGCGACAUCGUUCCCUUGAUGCAGCAAAUCGGCAGCCUCCGACCGAAAGGCCUGCGAGAACUCGCCCUCACUACAAAUGGAAUAUCGCUGCACCGCAAGCUGGAUGCCAUGGUCGAGGCGGGCCUGACUGCCGUCAACCUCAGCUUGGACACCCUGGAUCCCUUCCAGUUUCAGAUCAUGACAAGACGGAAGGGUUUCGAUGCUGUUAUGAAAUCCAUCGACCGCAUACUCGAGAUGAACAAGCUGGGUGCAAACGUCAAGCUCAAGGUCAAUUGCGUAGUCAUGCGUGGACUGAACGAGCGCGAAAUCCUUCCUUUCGUGGACAUGGGCCGUGAGAAGGACAUGGAGGUGCGAUUCAUAGAGUACAUGCCGUUUGGCGGCAACAAAUGGAGCGAAAACAAAAUGAUCGGCUUUCAAGAGAUGGUCGACAUGAUCCGCACAAAGUACCCAGGCUUAGCAAGGAUACCUGGGCACAAGAACGACACAAGCAAGACCUUCCAAGUCCCUGGGUUUGUCGGUAAAGUCGGCUUUAUUACAAGUAUGACCAACGACUUUUGCAGCAGCUGCAACCGUCUACGCAUCACGAGCGACGGUCACCUGAAAGUCUGCCUUCACGGUAACGACGAAGUCUCCCUCCGCGAUCUCCUCCGGAAAGACAACAGCAAUGAGCCCAUCGACCAGGAAGCCUUCGAGCGCAUUAAGCAAAUCGAGAUGGACCGGCACCAAGGGCGCCUUCGCGACGAUACGAUCCUCGGCUGGGGCCAGCGCGAACGCGAACUACUGAGCGUCAUCGGUCAGGCUGUGAAACGCAAAGCAGAGAAGCAUGCGGAUAUGGGCGACCUUGCGAACAUGCAAAACAGACCAAUGAUUUUGAUUGGGCAGCAAGAACGCCUACGCGCGGGUUUUGGCAGUGGCCGAGCUGUCCGACACUCACAAUCAGCACGAACGGCUUCUGGCAUCCUAGCUACCAGCGCUUUUCUAAAUCCUCGUCUUGGACCGACACCCAGCACUGCAAGGGCAUUCUCCACAAGCCCUAUUCGCCAUGCGGACGAGCACGCGGAGAAGGGGACAUUUGCUGAUUACGAUCCUGUCGAACUCGAGAUCAAGGCUUCCAUUGGGAGGAAGCAUCAAACCUAUCUUCAGAAAAAGGCAGGGAGAGAUCAGCCAGGCAAGGACGCCGCGCGUCGAGAAGCCAGAGCUCAGCGAAAAAAGGAGCAGAUCAAUCAAUUUCAGAAGUCUAAAACUAAUACAGGUCAACAACCCACAGUACAGGUCGAUGAGAAGACCCGCCUGCUCCAGGAGCUGAUGAAGUCGCACGUCACAAAUCAGAAGGUGGAAAGUGUUGAUCAGGUGCAGAGGUCUGAGGGGGCUGAUGCAACAAGCAGAGCGAAGAGCAGCGAUCACAAAGAGAAGCUGGAGAUUGAGAGGAAGAAAGAGGAGUUGAUGAAGCGAAAGGAUAUCCUCGUUGUGAGAAUGGCGAGGCUCAAGGCUGGGAAACAAGGGGCUACUUUAGUCGAAGAGACGGGGAAAGCACGGCGACAGCCAACCACUUCUUCCGUUAAGAUCAAAUCCGCAGCCAACACAAAGAAGCAACAAACCCAGGAGUCCUCACUCCUCGCAAGUCGUUCUUCUAUCGACACCACCCAAGCCAAACCGCUCAACACGGAGUCUCUUCGUCUCUACCUCCCCGGCGGCAGAUUCACUAUCGACGAGAAUCUGGCUGUCGACAUCAAUGCCCCCGCCGCGUCCCUGCGCUCCCAGAUCUCUGCGCUGCAAGAUCGUCUCAAGUCGUUCCAUCCGCGCCUCGACAGUCUACCUUUCGACAUCAACAAAUCGUCAACAGAGAACAAACAAUACAUCCUGAAGACAUGGCUCAAGAUACUCGUCAGCAGGUUCCAAGCCAAAACUGGCGUCAGACCAAGUGCUGCUGAAGAGCAACUACAGCGUGUUCCGAACCAGACAGUCGGCGAAUACGGUCUCAGCGAGGAAGCCGCAGAACGAAUGGCGAAGAGGUGGAACAGUGUAUUCGCAGAAAGAAGAGGCUGCACUAUAACUGCUGUAGACGUUCAGAGAGCCCAGGAGAAAGAUAUCGAAGAAGACCAUGACGAGAUGGGGUGCUUGCAAGAUGAGUAUGCGACUGAAGAAGAAUUGGCUGCUGCGCAAAACGAGUCGCCCGCACUGGCACAAGCUUCUUCCAAACAGCCUCCAAACGCUCCUUCUGUCUCGUCUAGAAGGGAGGACAGUGUUUUGGGUCUCUCUAAUGAGGAUAACAACGCUUCCGUGCAUACGUUCACUGAAGAGGCUAAAGCGGUGAAGCCAUCGACGUCGCGCCGCUCGGGCAACCCCAACUCAAAAGCAGACGCAGUAGUGUUUGUCAGAAACGAGAAUCUUGGAGCCGAAAAAGCAGAAGCUUGCAAACGGCAGCUUUCCUCGCAGGAUUCCAAGCUGGAUCCUGAUGUGCUCAAAAACAACCUGCGAGACAGGGAGUUGGACUGGGCCGACGACAGCGAUAUCAAAGGCUCUUCGCAAGGCGUUCCCAUCGACGCUCUCUCGUCCAAGUACAGGAAGCCAACCUACCCCCAUCUCAAACCGUUCGAUCCCCGCUCGCCGAGCGCCAUCGCCCAAUUCAAAGGCAAAGGCUCGCUCUCCAAAAACUUCGAACGCGACUACUCCACCUCCCCACGCGCACCGCUCGAUCCCAGCCUCGCACCUCAAAAACAAAACGACAAGCCAAGCAGCCCUUUUCCAGCUGCGACGUCUACCACGCCCCAACCACAACCACAACCACAACCACAACCACAACCACAACCACAACCACAACCACAACCACAAACACAAACACAACCGCACCUCCCCCACCUGACCCCAACCGGCAGCGCGCACAUGGUCAGCAUCUCCGCCAAGGCGCACACAACCCGCACCGCCAUCGCCGUCGGCACCGUCUACUUCUCCAACCCCACCCCGCUCUCGCUCAUCACAGCCAACGCGCUAAAGAAGGGCGACGUCCUCUCCGUAUCGCGCAUCGCCGGCAUCAUGGCCGCGAAGAAGUGUCCAGACAUUGUCCCGCUGUGCCACCCGAUCCCACUGACGCACGUCGGCGUCGAGCUGCGCACGUUCCCUGCCGGCAGAGCCGCGGGCAGCGUGGCGGGUGGCGCGGACGAUUCGGGCCACGGCGGCGUGCAGAUCGAGUGCACGGUCGCGUGCUCGGGCGCCACGGGCGUCGAGAUGGAGGCCCUGACGGCCGUCAUGGGCACUGCGCUCAGCGUGGUGGACAUGUGCAAGGCGGUGGAUAAGUUUCAGCGGAUUGGGGGUGUCAGGGUUGUGCUCAAGGAAGGGGGGAAGAGCGGGGUGUGGCGCGAGGAGGGCUGGAGGUCGUGGCAGGAUCGGGGGGUGCGAGGCGCGUAG